UAUAAUCGAAGUCUUUUAUACAUAUGUAACACAAUUGCACGCGCAUUAGGGAUCCAACUCAGUUCAGUGGGUGUAGCACCCGUUACAACGAACAUGUCCCGAGUGAUAAUAUUAUGUGCGCUUGCUUCAGUCACUGUAGCACUUGGGCCCUUCAAAUCGCCGAUCCAGGGCAACGUAUGGCCGAAACCAUUCAGUGAAGAAAAGGGCUAUGUCCUAUACAAAUUCAUCGGAAAUUUUUUUUUUUGGCCAACCCAAUAUGAUUGUGAACGCUUGAAAAAUGCAACAGAUAAAGCUUCAUGGCGCAUUAAAAACUUAUUACGAAUGGUAUAUAAAUACAAUCAAGACGCCGGAAAUUCUGACACGUUUAAAAACAUAAAUCUCCCCGUAGUUUGGAAAUUUUACAUACAUUUGAAGCAACCUUGCGAGGCCUACCCGCACGCUGAUAUGGAUGAAAGCUAUAAUCUUACUAUUGGAACUAUAACAAAACUUACCAGUAACUCUAUAUGGGGAAUGAUACGGGGUCUAGAGACGUUUUCACAGCUGUUCUACAUUUCUGAUGAUUUUUCAGAUGUACUUGUAAAUUCAACAAUAAUCUACGACUACCCACAAUACCGGCACCGCGGUAUAUUGGUGGACACGUCACGUCACUACCUGUCGAUGGACACGAUGCACAAGUUGUUGGACGGCAUGGCCACCAACAAGAUGAAUGUGUUGCACUGGCACAUGGUCGAUGACCAGAGCUUCCCCUACAAGAGCGAGAAGUUCCCUGAACUGAGCAAAGAGGGGGCCUAUUAUCCAUCUUUGACGUAUGACAAGAACGAUGUAGAGGAAAUAAUAGAUUACGCUGCACAACAGGGGAUAAGAGUCAUCCCUGAAUUUGACACACCAGGACAUGUAACUUCAUGGGGACUUUCUCAUCCGGAAAUAAUGACGCAGUGCAGAGAGACUGCUUGGCUUUGGCGGCCAUUGAAUCCUGUCAAGAACGAGACAUACGACCUGCUUAGAGAACUAUUCAGAGAGGUGCAAGAUAUGUUCCCCGAGCGAUACUUCCACUUGGGAGGCGACGAGGUCUUUAAAUCAUGCUGGCAAGACGAUCCUAUAACACAACAAUACAUGAAGGAACACAAUAUGUCUACGGACGACCUUUACGGACUUUAUAUGAACAACACUAUGAAACUGCUUAAGAACGGCACUGUCCCUAUUAUGUGGGAGGAAGCUUACUUCAACAAUAAAACUGACAUGAUUAAUGCGACAGUACAAGCGUGGCGUUCUAAUUCAAAUAUGGCUGAGAUGAUAAAAAGACAUAUAAAUGUAAUAUACUCAACAGGGUGGUAUCUGGACAGUAAUUUGACAAAACGUUUCGAUGACUUCUACAAAUUUGAACCUCGGCUAAUUGCGUAUGACGCGACUGGGGACCAUUCUCUGGACAAGUACAUUAUAGGCGGCGAGGCUUGUAUGUGGGGGGAAAUGGUGGAUGAUAGCAACAUCCUGAGCAGAAUAUUCCCGCGAGCGUCAGCGGUGGCAGAAGUGUUGUGGAGCGUCACGAAUGGAACGGUUCCUGAUGAUCUCUUUAAUCGCAUGGAGGAGCAUGCCUGCCGGAUGAUCCAGGACGGUUACCCCGCUGCGCCUCCGUCCAAAUCUGGCUUUUGUAUUACAAUGGACAAUGUUGUAAAGGCAGAACCUAAACCGAAACUCUUUACGUACCAUCAGGCCAAUGAACCGAGUCGUUCGGAAUUCUCAAAAUUGCGUUACGUCAAGCAUAAUCGCACCAAAACUCCGUAAUACGGCUAAUAUAUGGUAAAUACUUAACUAUUUGUCACCAGAAACUGUUGUUAACGAUGAUAACAACAGGGGGGUUAUAAAGGCCACAUUGAAGCAAUUCAUAAUGCAAACAAAUGUCAAAUAGCAAUAUUGCUUUCUUAGAUGAAUUGCUUCGAUGUGGCCAUUUUACCCGCCAGUUCAGAAAUAAAACAAAUAAGUAUUUAAAUUUUGAAUUGUGAGUACCGAAAUAUCUAACUAUUGAUUAUUCAUUUGUUGUUUUGUAAAUAACUAAGUACUUCCUUGACACAUAAUACUAUUAAACAAUUUUCAAAUAAUAGAUUACUCAAAUAAUUGUACUCUGUAACUCAAUAAAUGGCCAUAUAUUUUA